GGUCCACUCGUUCCGUUUUUGAAGCGACAGUCGGAGCCUGAACUCAGUGCGCAGCUUACAUUAGUAGAUCGUGUUAUGCAAUUAAAGCAGCGAAUUGAUCUCGAUGAUAUUGCCAUUGACCCGGCACCGUUUCAACUCGUUAUGGGCACAUCACUUUAUAAGGUGCAUACACUUUUCUCUUUGCUGAGUCUCAAUCAUGCGUAUGUGACACAUCGUGGACGAUUGGUUGGUGUUAUAGCCAUAAAAGAGUUGCGUGAAGCACUAGCCGAUAUCUACACUCGCGGUGCGGUACCAACGCAUUCAAGCCGUCGCAGCACCCUCUCGCUAUCGCCCCCCUACGCAGAACAGGCAUCUCCGACAAUCACGGUUGACAAGAUGACGUCGCCGAUCUCCGGCAUUCACGUGCCAGUGCUGUCGUCCAUGCCGAUCAGCGCCACCUCUCAGACGAUUCAAACAAGCCAAACGCUCGCUGCAGAAACCACAGAUUCAGCCGCAUCUGGAAGUAGACGAAUGAGUGCGGACUCGUGCGCAAGUGACUCCACUGGACCAUAUCGGAAUACGAUCCAACUGUCAAGCAGGAACAGUAACGCGAACGAAACGUUGGACGAUAAUGAAGAAGAAAAUUUGUUGACUUGA